CAUCCGUGUGGUGCCCAGCUCCACACGCUAGCCAUAGCCAGCGGGCAAUUCUACCUGGCAACUGCGACCUCCGUCACCCCUGCCGCCAUGUCGCAGGUGAGGAUCGUCGACGCGAGCUAUGUCGAUGUGCCGGAGACCGCCGUCCGGCCGCCGGGGCCGAUCAAGCUGACCGCCAUGGAGGCGCUGUGGAUCGUCAUCCCGGUGCUGCAGCACGUGCUGCUCUACGAGGCCGACGACGACAUGCCGCCCUUCCACGCCAUUCUCCAGUCCCUCCGGUCCUCCCUCGCCGCGACUUUGCGCAGCUUCGCGCCGCUCGCCGGCAAGCUGGUCCACCUCGAGGAGACGGGGGACGUCGGCAUCAGCUGCUCCGCCUCCGACGGCGUCAGGUUCGUCGUGGCGGAGUGCGACGCAGACAUCGGACGCCUGGCCGGCGACGAGGAGCACGACCUGCGGGUGCUCGAGGGGCUCGUGCCGGAGGUGGACAUGAGCCAGCUGCCGGCCCCCGUGCUGGCCGUGCAGGCCACGCGCUUCGAGGGCGGCGUGGCGGUCGGGGUGACGGUGCACCACGGUGUCGCGGAUGGCCGGGCGCUGUGGACGUUCGUUGAGGCGUGGGCGGCGGCGUGCCGGGGCGAGACGCCGGCCACCACGCCGUGCUUCGACCGCUCCCUCGUCAAGCUGCCCGGCGGCGAAGAGCUGGCCAGGAGCGUCGUACGGAAGGUGGCCCCGAAUUUGCCUUCGGUGGCACCACCGUCAUCCCUGGUUGAAGAUCGAAAGCGGUUCACCCGUCGAACGUUCACCCUCGACGCGGGGGACAUCCAACGACUCAAGCAACGCAUCGUUCAUCUAGGUGAAUCCCACGGCGCACCCUUGCCUCACUCGCCGUCAACUUUCACCGCUGUCGUCGCGCUCGCCUGGACAUGCUUCGCCCGGUGCAAGCCAUUCUCCCCAGAGGACGACGCGCAGCUCUUCUUCUUCGCCGACACCCGCGCCCGCCUUGAUCCGCCCGUUGAUGUAGGGUACAUCGGUGCGUGUCUCACCGGGUUGAUAUCGAAGCUCCCCGUGCCGGAGCUUCGUGGUGACCGCGCCUUGCCAGCCGCGGCGUCAGCUGUCGAGGACGAGAUCAGCAAGGUGAAGAAGGACCCUAUUGCUGGGUGGAACUUCCUCACGCUGCUCACCGGUGCCUGCCUGGACCGUAUGAUGAACAUAUCGGGCUCAUCGGGAUUUAGAGCAUAUGAGGUCGCCGACUUCGGGUGGGGGAAGCCGAGGCGAACAGAGCCGAUUACGAUGAACCAUGACGGUCAGGUGGCGCUGAUGCGCAGCAGGGAUGGCCAGGGCGUGCAGGUGUCGGUGUCGCUGCUCCAACCGGCGCAUAUGGAUGCGUUCAAGUCUAGUUUCCUCGAGCUACUCAAGUGACGAUUCGUUUUCAAAUAUACUAGUUUCGUUUUUUUUAGUUUGCAUAUGAAAUUUGUCUGAAGUUAAACUUUGCAAAGUUGGUUCAACUUUAUAGAAAAAAAUUCAAGCAUCCACUUUAUGGAAUCAAUAUCGUUACAUGCAUCAUGAAAUUAGUUUUCAUACUACAUAACUUUUGUAUUAUAUAUGUUGAGAUAAUUUUAAAUAUAAAUUUGGUCAAACUUUUUGUGGUUUAAUUUCAAACAAAUAUUAUACACGAAGUAAAAAAGAAAUGGUGGGAGUACCUAUCCGGGUCAAUUCAAAUUAGUAGGCUUAUAAAUGUUUGAUGGAGGAUGCAAAUAGAAACACGCUUAUGAAUAGCACUACUGAAGAAAAUGACAUAGCUGGCGCUCCAUAAGCUGUGAACCUCAGUGUUGCUCGUCUAUGGAAAGGAAAGUUGUAAUUGACCGGUGUCCCAGGUUGCGUGCUUCGGUUUGACACUUCCUCUGGUCUGGGCACCAGCUGAGGUUCGUGUAUCAUAAAAAUCAUAAAAUCGUUCGUGUCCAUUAGUUUUGCCAACUUCGGGAGGGGGAUUACGAUGAACCCGACGGCCAGGUGGCGCUGGUGCGCAGCAGGACGGCCAGGGCGUCCAGCUGUCAGUGUCGCUGCUCCAACCGGCACAUAUGCAUGCGUUCGAAUGUUUGAUGGAGGAUGAAAAUAGCAACACACGUGAGUUAUAGCACUGUUGAAGAAAAUGACGUCAUCGCUGACACUACGGAAAAUGGCAAUCGGUGGGUGUCCCCACGAAUCCACGAUUGCGCGUCAAAACAAAAAGCAAAUUCGUGAUUGACGACGAGUGUCUCAGGUUGCGUGGUUGGGUUCGGCACUCUCGCCUCCCCUCUCUGGGUAGGCCAGCUCAGGUUUCUUCCUGUUCACCAGUUUUUGAUGCCAGCGCAUUAUAUAUAUUAUCAUCACUGUUCAUGUCGAUCGACUGCAAGUAGUUUUAGGAGAGCGCCGAGGACGCACCCGCGUACUGCCAAAUACAAGCCGCGGUGCACCCGUGCCGCCGUUCGUCCGCUCCCGUCGUCCGCACACGCGCACGCUCGGCUCGAUAAUCCUCACCGGCGAGCGCGCAGCUCACGAUCUAUCAUCCCGAUGUCGCCGGUGAGGAUUACCGACUCGACCUAUGUCGGCGUGCCGGAGACCGCCGCGCCACCGCCGGGGCCGAUCAGGUUCACCGCGAUGGAGGCGCUCUGGGUCGUCUUCCCGGUGCUGCAGCACGUGCUGCUCUACGAGGGCGACGACGACAUGCCGCCCUUCGACGCCAUUCUCGAGUCCCUCCGCUCCUCCCUCGCGGCCACUCUGGGCAGCUUCGCGCCGCUCGCCGGCAAGCUGGUCCACCUCGAGGAGACGGGGGACGUGGGCAUCAGCUGCUCCGCCUCCGACGGCGUCAGGUUCGUCGUCGCCGAGUGCGACGCCGACAUCCGCCGCCUCGCCGGCGACGAGGAGCACGACCUGCGCGUCCUCGAGGCGCUCGUGCCGGAGGUGGACAUGGGCCGGCUGCCGACCGCCCUGCUGGCCGUGCAGGCCACGCGUUUCGAGGGCGGCGUGGCGCUCGGGCUGACGGUGCACCACGGCGCCGCCGACGGGCGGGCGCUGUGGACGUUCGUCGAGGCGUGGGCGACGGCGUGCCGGGGCGAGACGCCGGCCACCACGCCGUGCUUCGACCGCUCGCUCGUCAAGAUGCCCGCCGGCGACGAGCUGGCCAGGAGUGUUCUGCGGAAGUUCGCUCCCAAUUUGCCCUCGGCGGCACUAGCGUCAUCAGUCUUCGAAGACCGAAAGCGGCUCACUCGCCGAACCUUCACCUUGGACCAAGGAGACAUCCAACGCCUGAAGCUGCGCAUUGUCCACCUCAAUGAGUCGGGCGGCACGCCCCUGCCUCGCCCGCCGUCUGCUUUCGCCGCCGUGGUCGCGCUCGCGUGGACGUGCUUCGCCCGGUGCAAGUCGUUCUCCUUGGACGACGACGUGUGGCUCUUCUUCUUCGCCGACAUCCGCGAGCGCCUUGACCCUCCCGUCGGCGCGGGGUACAUCGGCUCGUGCCUCACCAAGUGUUUGGCAAGGCUCCCUGCCCGGGAGCUUCAUGGUGAGCGUGCCCUGGCGGCUGCGGCGUCGGCGGUCCAGGACGAGAUCAACAAGAUGAAGGAAGACCCUAUCGCUGGUUGGAACUUCUUCUCAUUCGAUCCCAUGCCCGCCAUGGACCGGUUGAUGAACAUAUCAGGCUCGUCGGGCUUUAGUGCAUACAAGAUCGCCGACUUCGGGUGGGGAAAGCCGACACGGACAGAGCCGAUUAGGAUGAACACAGACGGUCAGGUGGCAUUGAUGGGCAGCAGGGACGACCGGGGUGUGCAGGUCUCAGUGGCACUGCUCCAAGCGGCACAAAUGGACGAGUUCAAAUCUAACUUUCUGGCGCUACUUGAGUGACAAUUUUUGUUCUCAAAGAGACCUAGUUAGGUCAAUUCAAAACAGUACACCCAGAUGUUUUAUAAAGAUUAAUACAUUAUAAUUGAAUUGUUUAUUUAACUAAGAAUUCCAUAUUUUGAA